CUAACCAACGCCUGUACACAUGGCAAUCGGAAAGGCGCGACUUCGCCGGCCGGCUUACGUACCGCGUCAAACCAGGCCGUGACGACGCGCCACUUUUUUUCUCCCUCGCUGACAGCGCCGCGUCAGAAACCCAACCGAGAAGCCUCGCGUGUAUAUCGUCUCCUCGCCACCUACCAAGCGGCGAAAUCGAGAGACGAGAACAAGACAGACAUCCUGCGUUCGUGGACACCAAGAAGCCAACCGAACAAGCAGGAACCCUCUCCCCCUCUCGACAAUUACCAGACAGUCCCCCUUGCCGACUCUGCUCUUCCCCAAUGGCCACCGCCGCCGCCCCGACGACCCUAGCCAAGAUGCGAGCCGUGCAGUACGACGCCUGCGGCGGAGGCGCCGCGGGCCUAAAGCAUGUGGAAGUCCCCGUCCCUUCAGCGAAGAAGAAUGAGCUUCUGUUGAAGCUAGAAGCAGCAAGCAUCAACCCGGUUGACUGGAAGAUACAGAAAGGGAUGUUACGGCCUUUGUUGCCUCGUAGAUUGCCUUUUAUUCCAGUCACUGAUGUGGCAGGAGUUGUGGUAGAUGUUGGUCCAGGAGUCCAUGAAUUCCAAGCUGGAGAUCAAGUUGUUGCAAUGUUGAACCCAUUUUCUGGAGGUGGCCUCGCGGAAUACGCUGUGGCGUCUGCAAAUCUGACCGUCAAGAGGCCUCCCGAGGUAUCUGCUGCCGAAGGUGCAGGGCUGCCCAUUGCCGCCGGCACAGCGCUGCAGUCGCUUAGGGCUAUCGGCGCCAAGUUCGAUGGCACCGGUAAGCCCUUGAACGUGCUCAUCACCGCUGCAUCUGGUGGUGUUGGCCUCUACGCCGUGCAGCUUGCGAAGCUGGCAGGCCUCCACAUCACAGCCACCUGUGGUGCCCGCAACGUGGAGCUGGUGAAGAGCCUGGGCGCAGACGAGGUGCUCGACUACAGAACACCAGAGGGGGCCAGCCUGCAGAGCCCGUCCGGUAAGAAGUACGACGGCGUUGUCCACUGCACGGUGGGGAUCAGCUGGUCGACGUUUGAGCCAGUACUGAGCGGCAAUGGGAGGGUGAUAGACAUCACCCCGAACUUCUCCACCAUCCUCACGUCAGCGCUGCACAAGGUGACGUUCGCCAGGAAGCGGCUGGUGCCGCUGCUCCUGUCGCCUAACAAGGCGGACCUCGAGUUCUUGGUCGAGCUGGUGAAGGACAGCAAGCUCAAGACGCUGAUCGACUCACGGUUCCCACGGCGCGAUGCAAGCAAGGCAUGGGAGAAGAGCAUCGAUGGCCAUGCCACCGGCAAGAUCAUCGUCGAGAUGGAAGGUUGAUCCGUGGUGCCGCCAUUACCAACAGAGACUUGGUGGGAAGUAUGUACAAGCAAAUUAUAGGCCUUACAGGGUGAACAGAUACUAGGAUGUGGCGUCAUCGUACAGAAUAAUCAUGUGCGAGUUGGUUUGUAGGAUAAUGUUCUGCUUUCUUUUCUUUUCCAGUUAUGAUGAUGCCCUGCUUCUCGAACA